AUGGCGACCACAAGUAAGUCACCUCUAAAAGAUAAUAAUGGCGAUGGAAAUGGAGUUGAGGAAAGGAUUGUAUUGAAUGUUGGUGGAGUUAAGUAUGAAGCGUAUCGCUCUACGUUUACCGCUUAUCCUCAAACACGUCUUGGGAAACUAUUCAGGAAUAAGAAAAAAACGCUAGCCAACCUUGAUGAACACUUUUUCGAUAGAAAUGGUCGAACGUUUCAUUACAUUCUUGAAUACUAUCGCACCGGUCUAAUCCAUAUUCCGCGUGAGGUUAAUGGAACUCCCACUAAUCAUGAAGUUUUUCGAGAACUUGAAUAUUUUGAGAUUAUACCCAGCACAAUGUCAUAUCAAGAUAAAGCAGUCACCGUUAGAAUCGAUCAAAUAAUUUUAUUUUUAAGAAACAUCUAUUUUGAAAUGGCAUCAGAUUUAACCAUGGUUACGAAUAUUCGAUUUCAUCAAGACGGAACAUAUUACGCCUCGUUAGAUGUAGAUCGCUUGAUUGGUGCCUGUGGUUAUCCUAUUCUAGAGAAAUUUGGAAAAGAUAUCGAGAGUUAUUUCAAAUCAACAUUUCCGCAGUUGGAAACUACAUUCACUCAUUAUCCCAAAGGAUUUACCUACCCUGAAAAUGAUCCUGUUCCCAUUCCUCAUUAUUUCAUUCGGUUUUCUCUUAGCAAAGAUGCAUACAAUCUUAAUGCUGUUCGUGAUAAUUCAUCAUUAAAAUCAAGAGAUCCAUGA